UCAAGCCCAGAGCGGCGCACAUGUGCGCGCCACACAUAUAACAAUAAAUAAAAAAAAAGUCAAUUAUAAAGCACAACACGGCAUAAGCUAACAACAAAAGAAGAUACUGAUCGUUGUAUACAAACUAGUUAUUAUUGUUGUUCUCGCUUUUAUUUUGUGUGCGCUAAUUAACAAAGCUUUAUACUAAAUUUAGAAUGGCUACAACUGUUUGCUUGAGUUUAUUGUUGCUGCUCAGCUGUUUUAUGCUUCAGCAACAGCAAGUGGAGUCCAAGCGCUACUUACGCUGCGAGCUAACCAAGCUAAUGGUGCAACAGUAUAGAUUCGAAAAGAGUCUUAUGUCCAAUUGGAUUUGCUUGGUGGAGCAUGAGAGCGAACUGGAUACAAACAAGGUCAAGAACAAUGAGAACCAUAGCAAAAACUAUGGAUUAUUUCAAAUUAGCAACAAGGACUACUGCGCAGAGGGACGCAAGGGCGGUCUAUGCAAUAUGAAAUGUGAAGAUCUGUCCAAUGAUGAAAUAUCUGAUGAUAUGGCUUGUGCCAAGUUAAUACAGCAGCGCGAUGGCUUUAAGUACUGGAAGGGCUGGAAUCGUUAUUGUCGCAACACUCAAAAUUUGCCCAACUUGGAUGUAUCCUGUAAACUAACUCAGAUACCGCCAUUGCGCCCAAUAUGGGGUUGAUCUAAGGCUGACAUAACUUGUUGACUAACUAAAUUUAACAAUUGUGUAUAAACAUUCAGGUUCUAGCUUUUAACAAUUUGUAUAUUUUGUCGAAUAAAAAGAAAGUGUUUAAUGCUUCA